UAUUUCACAGACGUCACAUAAGUAUCCGCCUUUUACGAUACGAUGAACCAUGUGUGAAUCGUCUUGUAAAUUUUAAAAUAGCUGAUCGCUAUUAAUUUAAAAAGAAAUUGUUGCAGAUUUCAAGUGGUUUUAUACACUUGUACCUAUGAAUGAUGAUUUUAGUAUAAGUUACUUAUUAGUGACAUAGUAUUCAAGACAUAAAUAACUCGUGAGGAGAUCUCCAAUGAAUGGUUGACUCGUUAUUUAAAUGACUUUUCAUUAAUCAAACCAUUAAUUGAUAAAGGACAAAGUAAAGCCACGACUUUCGUAAUAUAUGUGUCUUCGUUUUCUGCAAUAUACUAGGCGUGUAAGAUUUUUACUAUAUAUUAUAUCUCAACAUGUAUCAACGUUGUAAAAGUCUAUGUUUUGCGCCAAACUUACAAUCAAGGUAUAAAAGUAUAUUAUCAAAAAUUGAAGCAAAAGAGAAGAGAAAUUUGCUGUUUGAAGAAGAAAAGAAAAGACAGAGGACUGCGGUGGGGAGAAUUGAAAAGAUAGAAGUUAAAUAUCAAUCACCUGUAGAAGAAGUAACGCUUAUAAUGAACAAAUGCAUAUCAACUCCUAUGGAUUGUGCAAAACAUAUUUCUGAAGGUGUAUCCAAAGUGUCUGCUAUUGCUAUGGUUGAUGGAUCACCAUGGGAUAUGAAUAGACCUUUAUCGUCAAACUGUGAAUUAAAACUGUUGAAUUUACUUAGUCCAGAAAAUAAAGUAGUGAAUACAGCCUUUUGGCGAACUUGUUCUUUCAUUUUGGGAGCUGUUGUAGACACAGCCUUUAAAGAAGAUGUAACAGUUCAUCUACACAGCUUCCCGGUACCAGUCAUAAAAUCAGGUAGUUUUAUAUACGACGUGUAUCUUGAUUUGGACGACUGGAAGCCUACGGAUCAAGAAAUGCGUGCAUUAUCUGCUCAGUAUGUGAAACUAAUAAACAAGGAAUUGCCUAUAGAAAGGAUAGAGAUUUCGGAAAGACUAGCACUUGACAUGUUCCAGGAUAAUCCUAUUAAAAUGACGCAAAUACCAGAUAUCGCAAAGUCAAAUAACAAUAAAAUUAUUUUAUACAGAAUUGGUGAUUAUAUAGACAUUAGCAAAGGACCUAUGGUUGGAAAUAGUUCAUUAAUAGGUCGUUGUACAAUUGCUGCUGUCCACAAAAUUCCAGAGAAGGAAAGUUUAUAUAGAUUUCAAGGUGUGGCACUCCCCAAGGGAAUUAUUUUAAACCAAUAUGCAUAUGGUUUGUUGGAGAAUCGUGCUAGAAAAUUUAACAAUACAACUUGGUCGGUCUUUUCGGAGGAAAAUAACGAAGUAGAGGACGUUAAAGUAUUUGGUAGGAACUGAAUUUAAUAUAUUAAAUAUAUAAUGUAAAUAAAAAUGUAUACUUUCGGUACUCAUUGUUGUAAUUCGCUACUUGUACGAUAUGUUACAAUAAAACACAUUUAUAUAAAUA